AUGGACGGUUGCGAACGCCUUCUAGCGGCUUGCCGGAAUGCAGGUCUGACCAUUGCGCACAGUCGGUCUCAUCGCUACGGCUCCGUGGUGCGGGAUGACCUCGUUGGCACGGCUGACGAAGGGUACGAGCUCCAUCCACGGAUGAGAGCCCGUGAGGGUGAGAUCGUAGUCGACAAGUGGACAUACGGUGCCUUUGCGUCUACGUACUUGGAGCGAGAGCUCCGUGCUCGAGGUGUCAGGCGGAUUUUGCUGUGCGGUGUGCUGACCAACGUCUGCGUCUUCGCAACAGCUUCGCAGGCUGUCGAUCGCUUCAUCCCGGUUUGCCUUGUCGAGGAUGCGUGUGCAGCUUUUCAGACAGACUGGCACCAGAAGGCGCUGACGCUCAUCAACGAGCCCCAGACGCAACCGGGGCACAAGCGAGGCUGUGGCCUCUACUUCGGGGAGGUCACACAGGUUGAAAAAGUGGAGGCCGCUUUGAAAGACAUGAAGUAG